AUGGAGGUCACAUCGACUGAAGCAAGCCUUCCAGUCCAACGUCGUCCAACCCAGCUCCCAAAACACGUUGGCGACAACAUUCUUCCCAACUUCCCUGUCUUCAAUCGUCUCUUAUAUCUUGCAGGUAACCGCACUUCCCUCGCAAUCAACGAUGUUACGUACGGGCACAAAGCAACCUACGGUCAACUUUUGUCUGAUGUACUUCAUCUGCGCAACGCAAUCUUCCGAAGCCUAGACGUCAGCUGCAAGUCUAGCCUGCUUCGAGGAGAAAAAGUCUCCAUAAACCUGCUUGCACCCGGAGGCUACGAGUUUGCUACAGCCUUCUUAGCAACGGUGGGACUGGGUGCAGUUCUUGUGCCGAUAUCCACAUCAGUCCCAUUAGAGGAAGCCCUCUACUUCGCAGACACCUGCCAAUCGGUCGCGAUUCUUUGUGCCUCGAGAUAUGCCGACUUCGGACAAAGCCUAGCCAAGAAAGUCCAUGCAACCCGCAAUCCCAACUUCAUCUCAAUGAGCAUCCGGCCAGAGAUCUCCAAACCGCUGAUUCCCCAUACCGACAUUGUCGUCUCUUCCGAUCACUACCUUGACUACAGCGGGCCUGGACUAGCCAUUUUCACGUCGGGCACGAGCGGUCCUCCCAAAUGUGCCGUGAAGCGACGCUCAUUCAUUGACAUGAACGCGAAGGCAAUUUCCGAUUGGUACGGUCUACAAGAGACAGACGUCGUUCUGCACACUCUACCCGUGCAUCACGCAACAGGAAUCGGGAUUACCUUCAUGCCAUUCCUGCUUGCAGGCGCUACGAUAGAAUUCCAGUCUUCUGGAUUCAACGCCGCCCAGGUCUGGGAUCGCUGGAGGAAGGGUGGUCUAACGGUUUUCUCUGGUGUGCCGACGAUGUAUAUGCGGUUGAUUGGGCACUUCGAAGAGGUGAUCUCAAAAGGCCCCGAGGUUCAUUCUUAUGUGCAGGCUGCUAGUGCGUUUCGAUUGAUGAUGUGUGGUACUUCGGCGCUUCCUUUCUCGCUACAGAUGAAAUGGUCGAAAUUGUUGAAUGGGAAGCGGAUCCUAGAGCGGUACGGUGCCACUGAGUUCAGUAGUGUGUUUAGUGUCAAGCCGGAGGAUUCACAGAAUCCGGAUGGUUCCGUUGGCAAGGUCUUCUUUGGACUUGAGGUGAAACUUUCCAAUGGAGAUGAGGGAGAGAUCUUGGUGAAGAGCCCGCAUAUGUUCACAGAAUACAUGUACGACCCGAAGGCCACGGCAGCUGCUUUCACUUCCGACGGCUUCUUCAAAACGGGUGAUAUUGCGCGAAGGGAGGGCGACUACUACUUCAUUCUCGGGCGUGCUUCUAUCGACAUCAUCAAAUCGGGUGGAUAUAAGAUUUCAGCCCUUGAUAUUGAACGGGAAGUUCUCAACCUUCCCUAUAUCAGCGAGGUAAUGGUUGUCGGAGCUGAAGAUCAGGAGUACGGACAAAGAGUGGCCGCAGCAAUCGUUCUCAGAGAUAACACUCCGCUCACCCUUGAGAAGCUACGAUUGGAUCUCCGUGAGCGUUUGGCAGGGUAUAAGAUGCCGACCAUCUUGCGUGUCGUGCCUGCACUUCCGAAAAGCUCUACUGGCAAAGUUGUCAAGAGGUUACUGAAGAAGGAAUUGUUCCCACUUGCCGGGCACCCUGAGAUUCAAACAUGGACAUUCCGCAAGUCGAAGGUUUAG